AUGGCCAGUGAGAAAAAAUCGACGAAAGCAUCGUCGAAAGAUACGAAAUCCAACGAGCAAAUACUGUCGGAGUUUCAGACGCUUCGAAAUGAACAAAGAAUGAUGGCGAACAAACUGUCCGAAAUGGAGAUGGAAUUGAAUGAGCACAAAAUUGUUAUUGACACGCUAAAAAAUGUGGACCCCAAGAGGAAAUGUUACAGAAUGAUUGGUGGAGUUCUGUGCGAACGCAUAGUAGAAGAUGUAAUGCCUGCUCUGGUGACAAACAAGGAUCAGUUGAUGAAAGUGAUAGAUGCAUUGAACGACCAAUUGACAAAGAAAGGAAUUGAGAUCAACGAAUACAAAGAGAAGCACAAUAUCAGAGUCAAAGGGCAAGAUGAUAUACAUCGGCAGGAAGAGGAUAGCAGCAAGGAAGCAAAGAGAAACGCGAUUGUUGUGAAUCCUAUUGAAAUUUGAGUAUAAUAAAUUUGUUCUUUUUGGUAUUGUAAAUUAAGGCAUUUACAUACUAUGUCUGUUAUCUAUUAAGUUGCAUACAUUUUAAGCUGCCUCCUGAAUUUAUUUAUUAUAUUAUUCAGAUAAACAAUUCGUGAUAAAUAUGCAAAGUUAUACUA